AUGCAGCGAAUCGCCCGCGACCAGGCGAUGAAGUAUGAGUUCGAUCAUCGCGACGAGCCGCUGAUGCGCGUCGCGCAGGGCGAGAGCUUCGUCGUGGAGACCGAGGACGCCGGCUCAGGUCUGGUGAGGUCAGCCGACGUUGCGCCGCACCUCAUGGACUUCCCGACGCGAAACUUCGAGCCGCCGAAGGGCAACCCCAUCGGCGGCCCGGUGUUCGUAGAAGGAGCCGAGCGCGGCGACCUGUUGGAGGUCACGGUCGAGCGAAUCAUCGUCGACGAGCAGGGCUUCACGAACUUCCGGCCCGGACAGAGUCCCCUCGGAGACUCGUACAAGUGGCAGUCUCUGAGGGGGCCGUUCGUCCACAUCAUCAAGCACCUUCCCGGGCCGAGCGGGACAACCAGCGACGGCAAAGGAAUCUUCAACGACAAGAUCACCUGGGACCUCGCGCCGAUGAUCGGCACCAUCGGCACCGCGCCCGACCGCGAGGUCGAGACCAGCGCCGUGGGGCAGGGGCCGUGGGGCGGCAACCUCGACGUGCGGGACAUCAAAGAGGGCACGCGCGUGUACCUGAACGUCUACCACGAGGGCGGCCUGCUCUACGUCGGGGACGUUCACGCCAGCCAGGGCGACACCGAGUUCUACGGCACUGCGGACGAGACUCGCGGCGAGCUGACCCUCUCGUGCCGCGUCAUCAAGAACAAGACGAUACCGUUCGUGCGCCUGGAAAAGGACGACUCCAUCGUCGCCCUCUACUCCUUCCGACCCCUGGAGGACGCCGUCAAGAGCGCCAUCGAGAACCUCAUGGAGUGGAUGGUGACCGAGUACGGAGUAUCCGAGCGCGACGCCUACAUGCACGCCAGCAUCAACCCCGACUUCCGCGUGAACGUCUACCAGAUGGUGCGCAUCGGCCGCAUCCAGUACACCGUCGGGGCCGAGAUCCCGAGGAAGUACCUCCUACCCAGCGGGUGA